AUGGCAGUUGCUACUGUGGAUCUCCCGAUGCCCCGUAGCCGCCUCUUUGGGAUGAAGCGGACCACAGAGACUGCCCAUCGGCCAAUGAAGCGGCUGGAGUCCCAACUUUGGCAACCGUUAAGAUUAGCUACCCCCUAUGAUAUUAUCAGGACACCAUCCCUCCAACUCAUUCCGCCUUCAUACAGAAAUAAAGCUCGCAAUAGAAGCUCCGAUUUACUCUUCAGUUUAAACGACAUAGAAUGCAUUCUCACGGAGAUACGCGAUCAGCUAGCGAGGGAGACCGCCGUUGAGUUUGAGCGCAUAUAUCAUGCUCGUAUUAGCGAGAAUGAGGCCCGUGUUAGGGAGUAUAUCUCUUCCUUGCUGAAUGAGCAAGGGCAGCCGGUAUCCUAUAUUCAAUAA